AUGCCGGGAAGCAGGGGAGGUACCAUUUGCCUGUGUGGGGAGGCGGGAGAGACCCUUCUCCCGGAAGUGGCGUUGGUAUCGUCCAGUGACGGUCCCUCCCCCGAGUGUGGGCAGGCCGUUGGGGGCCGCGUGGUGCUCGUGGCUCCCUGUUGAGGGAGUCUCUGGAGCGGGAGGGGAGAGCGGCUUGAGCGCUCACCAUGGGGCCGCCCAGAGAGGUGCCGUGGCGGCGGCUGGCCGGUAUUUCCUUCGGGAUGUACACAGCCGAGGAGCUCAGGAAACUAAGUGUAAAAGCCAUAACCAACCCUCGUUACCUAGAUAACGUGGGCAACCCAGCAGUAAAUGGACUGUAUGAUCUGUGUUUGGGACCACCUGAUGCCAAAGAAGUUUGUACUACUUGUAUGCAGGACUUCAACAACUGCCCAGGACACCUAGGCCACAUAGAUCUGCCACUGACUGUUUACAAUCCUCUAUUUUUUGAUAAAUUAUACCUUCUGAUCCGAGGUUCUUGUUUAAACUGUCACUUGCUGACCUGUACUCGAGCUGUGGUUCACCUAUUGCUUAGCCAGCUGAAGGUUUUGGAGAAGGGGUUGCUUUAUGCGGUCUGUGAUCUUGAGGCCAUCCUGAAUAGGUUUUUGGAUGAAAACCCAGAUGCAACUGGUUUAGACAUUGAAGAAGAGUUAAAUUGUCAUGUGAAUGAAAUACUACAAAAUAAUCAACUAGGAGAUCAGUGCUCACAUGUAAAAAAUGUGUGUGAGUGUAGGAGUAAACUGAUUGCACAGUUUUGGAAACUGCAUAUGACUUCAAAAAGAUGCCCAAACUGCAAAUCUAGAAGAUCUCUGGUAAGGAAAGAGCACAAUAGCAAGUUGACAGUAACCUAUCCCACUGUGGUACAGCAGAAGUCUGGCAAAGAGGCCAUCUUGGAGGAACCAGCAAUUAUAGAUGAGACUCAGUUGGGGAAAAGAGGGUACUUGACACCCAUCACUGCCAAAGACCACAUUGUGGCUCUGUGGAAGAAUGAAGGUUUCUUUCUAAAUCACCUCUUCUCUGGUCUGGAGGUUGGUGAGAAUUCAGGAUUCAGCCCUGAUAUGUUCUUUCUAGAUCUCCUUGUGGUUCCACCUUCAAGGUAUCGUCCUGUGAAUCGGCUUGGAGACCAGAUGUUUACAAAUGGUCAAACUGUGAACUUGCAGGCUGUCAUGAAAGAUGUCCAGUUAAUAAGGAAGCUUCUGGCUUUCAUGGCUCAAGAACAAAGUCAACCAAUAAAGCUUGUAGAGAAUGAAAUCCAGAAGGUGACAGAUGAGCCGUUGGAAUCACUGGACCGUUCAGUCCUGGCUUUGAUCUCAGGACAGAGCACUGCAGAUAAACUGUACAACAUUUGGAUUCGUCUUCAGAGCCAUGUCAAUAUUGUGUUCGACAGUGACAUGGACAAACUAAUGACAGAAAAAUACCCUGGUGUCCGUCAGAUACUGGAGAAAAAGGAAGGACUGUUCCGUAAGCACAUGAUGGGAAAACGUGUGGAUUACGCUGCUCGGUCAGUCAUUUGCCCUGACAUGUACAUUGCUACCAAUGAGAUUGGUAUUCCUAUGGUAUUUGCUACCAAAUUGACUUACCCUCAGCCAGUAACUCCGUGGAAUGUCAAAGAACUGAGGCAGGCUGUCAUAAAUGGUCCAAAUGUUCACCCUGGUGCCUCCAUGGUCGUUAAUGAAGACGGGUCACGUACGGUGUUGAGUACAACCAGCCAGACCCAGAGGGAAGCCAUAGCUAAGCAGCUCCUCACUCCUUCCACUGGAGCCCCAAAACCAGGAAUGAAAAUUGUAUGUCGCCAUCUUAAAAAUGGAGAUGUCCUCUUACUGAACCGUCAGCCCACCCUUCACAGACCGUCCAUCCAAGCCCACCGGGCCAGAAUCCUGCCUGGGGAAAAGGUGCUGAGGCUUCACUAUGCCAACUGCAAAGCCUACAAUGCUGAUUUUGAUGGUGAUGAAAUGAACGCUCAUUUUCCUCAGAGCGAGCUAGGCCGGGCAGAAGCCUACGUGUUAGCCUGCACUGAUGAACAGUAUCUCGUUCCUAAGGAUGGCAAACCACUGGCAGGUUUGAUCCAGGAUCAUAUGAUCUCUGGUGCCAGCAUGACGAUCCGGGGCUGCUUUUUCACAAGAGAACAGUACAUGGAGCUGAUAUAUAGAGGACUGACAGACAAAAAGGGAAGAGUGAAAAUCCUUCCACCUGCCAUUAUGAAACCACAACGGUUAUGGACAGGAAAACAGAUUGUUUCUACGUUGCUAAUAAACGUAAUCCCUGAAAAUCAAAUCCCACUGAAUUUGUCUGGGAAAGCUAAGAUUGGUGGAAAAGCCUGGGUAAAAGGGCCCCAAAACAGAAUUCCUGGAUCUAAUCUUGAUUCAAUGUGUGAAUCCCAGGUUAUCAUUAGAGACGGGGAGUUACUUUGCGGGGUCUUGGACAAAGCUCACUAUGGCAGCUCUGCCUAUGGCCUAGUCCACUGUUGCUAUGAAGUCUAUGGUGGGGAAACCAGCGGCAAGGUGCUUACAUGUCUAGCUCGCCUCUUUACUGCCUAUUUGCAGCUGUACAGGGGAUUUACAAUGGGAGUUGAAGAUAUUUUGGUCAAACCCCAAGCAGACCACAGAAGACACCGAAUCAUUGAAGUGUCCACCCAUUGUGGUACCAGGGCUGUUAGAGCUGCAUUUAACUUGCCAGAAACUGCAUCAUGUGAAGAGAUCCAAGGGAAAUGGCAGGAUGCCCAUCUCCACAAAGACCAGAGGGAUUUUAAUAUGGUUGAUCUGAAAUUCAAGGAGGAAGUAAAUAAUUACAGCAACGAGGUUAACAAGGCGUGCAUGCCCCUUGGUCUCCACAGGAGCUUCCCAGAGAACAACUUGCAGUUAAUGGUGCAGUCAGGAGCCAAAGGAUCCACUGUAAAUACAAUGCAGAUUUCGUGCUUGCUGGGUCAGAUUGAGUUGGAAGGUCGAAGGCCCCCUCUGAUGGCAUCUGGUAAAUCAUUGCCUUGUUUCCAGCCUUAUGAUUUUUCCCCUAGAUCAGGGGGAUUUGUGACUGGCAGAUUUCUCACAGGCAUCAAACCUGCUGAAUUCUUCUUUCACUGCAUGGCUGGCAGGGAAGGUCUGGUGGAUACAGCUGUCAAAACCAGCCGAUCUGGAUACCUUCAAAGGUGUAUCAUAAAGCACUUGGAAGGGCUGGUAGUUCAGUAUGACCUGAGUGUGAGGGACAGCGAUGGCAGUGUGGUGCAGUUCCUUUAUGGUGAAGAUGGGCUAGAUAUCCCCAGGACCCAGUUCCUGCAACCCAAGCAGUUUCCUUUCAUUGCAGAGAACUAUGAGGUGAUACAGAAGUCUAAACACAUAGAUGAAGUUUUAUCCAAGAUGGAUCCUCAGCAAGCAAAUCAACACUUCAGGGCUAUCAAAAAGUGGCAUGCCAAGCAUCAAGUUUCUUUGCCAAGGGAAGGAGCUUUUCUGCAGUAUUCUCAGAAAAAAAUGGCAAGAGUGAGGGAACAGACCCUAGGAGGGGAGAUCAUAAAUGGCAGAGACCCGGCAACCCUACAGUUACUGAAGAUGUGGUAUGAACUGGACGAGAAGAGCCGGAGAAAAUAUCUAAAGAGGACAUCUAAGUGUCCUGACCCCAGCCUGGCUGUCUGGCGUCCAGAUAUUUAUUUUGCAUCUGUUUCAGAAGCAUUUGAAAGUGAGGUAGAGAAUUACAUCAGUGAAUGGAAUGCUCAGAACAACAGCAACUAUGUAAAAUCAGAGCUUUCUUGUGAUAGAUUAAACAACUUGUUGCAUUUGAAGUGGCAAAGGUCCCUGUGUGACCCAGGAGAGGCUGUGGGUCUCCUUGCUGCUCAAAGCAUUGGGGAGCCUUCCACGCAGAUGACUCUAAACACCUUUCAUUUUGCUGGCAGAGGUGAAAUGAAUGUCACAUUGGGUAUUCCAAGGUUGCGGGAGAUCCUGAUGGUAGCUAGUGCUAACAUUAAAACUCCAAUGAUGAGCGUUCCUGUGCUUAGUACCAAGAAAGCUCACAAGAAGGUGAAAAGGCUUAAGAAACAGUUUACAAGAGUGUGCUUAGCCGAGGUCUUGCAAAAAGUUGAAGUUGAGGAGUCUCUGUGCAUAGAAGGGAAACUAAGCAAACACCGUCUCUACCAAAUCAAAUUUUAUUUCCUGCCAUACGAAUACUAUCGGGAGGAGAAGUGUCUGAAGCCGAGGGACAUCUUAUACUUCAUGGAAACACGGUUCUUUAAAAUCUUGCUGGAAACAAUUAAAAGGAAGAGUGCAAAGCUGGCAUCUUUCAAUGUGGUCAAUACUCGUAAGGCAACUCGGAGGGAUCUAGAUGGCAGUGGUGGAGAAUCCCAAGAAAACCAGGCACAGGAUGAUCAUGAAGCUGAGGAAGAGGAAGCAGGGAGGCUCGUUGAUGGUGAAGCAGAUGAAGGAGAUGCUGAUGCUACAGAUACAAAACGAAGAGAGAAGCAGGAAGAAGAGGUUGAUUAUGAGAGCGAGGAAGAGAACAGUGAGGAAAAUGGUGACGAAAAUGCAGAAGAGGAAGAAGGCAUGUUGCAUGAUGAUAAAAGGGCUGAGGAUGCUGAAGAAGGGGUUCAGAAUGAAAAUAAUUGUCAGACUAAAAAAGAAAAAGGACCCAAACUAGAGCAUUCAACACAGCUAAGAGUUAGUGCUGUGAUGAGCAGUCAUCCGUCUAUAGUCAACUACACAUAUGAUACAGAAAAUGAGCUCUGGUGUGAGGUUUCACUGAAGCUUCCUCUGAUGAAGGCAUACUUUGACCUCUCCUCCAUCCUAACAUCCCUCAUGCAGAACACAAUUGUCCAUGAGACAAAGGGGAUCACGCGGUGCUUCUUAAAUGAAAGCACCAAUAAGAAAGGAGAGAAAGAAUUUGUUUUAAACACCGAGGGAAUAAACCUCCCAGAGCUAUUCAGAUACGCUGAUCUUUUAGACCUAAGCCGACUUUAUUCCAAUGACAUUCAUGCAAUGGCUAAGACCUAUGGAAUUGAGGCUGCCCUGAGGGUGAUUGAAAAGGAAAUUAAAGAUGUGUUUGCUGUGUAUGGUAUUGUGGUAGAUCCUCGGCACCUUUCUCUUGUGGCAGAUUACAUGUGUUUUGAAGGUGUUUACAAACCACUGAAUCGUUUUGGAAUGCAGUCCAACUCCUCCCCUCUGCAACAGAUGACGUUUGAAACCAGCUACAAAUUUUUGAAGGAAGCGACAAUGAUGGGUGCCCAUGAUGAGCUGAGAUCUCCUUCUGCAUGCCUGGUGGUAGGAAAAGUUGUCAGAGGAGGGACUGGUUUAUUUGACCUCAAGCAACCCCUUACAUAGUGUUUUGCCUCUAUUAUUUAAAAAAAAAUUAAGUGUGGCUAUCACAAGAGAUGUACAUGCACUGCAGUUGUUUGCAAAGCCUUUGCUGAAAUGUCAAAACCAAUGAAAGUUUGUACAAGUCCAUUAAUGAUACCUUUGGGGUGUGAAGGCAUUCUGUAUAAUGUAUCUCCAGUUUUUCUCUUGAUCACCAAUGGGUUCGUAAACCUAACUAAGUGAUGUACUUUGACUGUAAAGUAUUUGAUGGGAAUGUUCAUGCCUAAAAACUCUCCUCUGGCCUAGCACCCUUCCUUCUCUCCCUCUGCCACCUGUUCAGUAGUGAUCAAAAUUAAAUUAUUGUUAUACACCGGAGAGAGAUGAACAAUGCUGUGUGUGUCUGAUUAGGAGCCAGGUGCAUUUGACAUGGACAAUUUCAAGGGGAGAGUCUGCUUGCAUAUCUGAGGUGUUUGCGGCAUUUCCAGUCUGUCUGGAUAGGCCUUGGGUACCACAUUGCUCUGUCACAUGAUAACUGUACCUAAUCUUAUUUUAAAUUGGUUCUGAGACAAACUCACAAGUGGGCCUGAGGAGCACUGUGUUGACAGGAAUGAAACUUGUGUGCUGGAGACAAGUCCUGUUCUUUUAUUGUAUUUAUUUGUACUAUACUGUUAUGAUUUUUAAAGAGAUACAGGGCACCUUUCCCUCUUCGCUCCAGUCAUUAAAAAGAGUGUCUGUUUCAAUUAA